GUCGUGGCGAAGGGGCUUGAAUAACUCAGAGAAGCUAUGAGCUAUGCCAUGCAGGGCCACCCAAGAUGGACAGGUCAUAGUGGAGAGUUUUGACUAAACGUGAUCCACCUGGAGAAGGAACUGGCAAGCCACUCCAGUAUCCCUGCCAAGAAAACUCCAUGGACAAAGACAACAGGCAUAUAAAAGUUAUGACGCUGGAAGAUGAGCCCCUCAGGUCGGAAGGCGUCCAACAUGCUACUGAGGAAGAGCGGAGGACAAGUACAAGUAGAUUCAGAGCUGAUGAAGCGGCUGGGCCAAAGCCGAAAGGACACUCAGUUGCGGAUAUGCCUGGAAGCGAAAGGAAAGUCCGAUGCUGUAAAGAAAAAUAUUGCAUAGGAACCUGGAAUGUAAGAACCAUGAGUGGAGGUAAGCUGGAUGUGGUCAAAAAUGAGAUGACAAGAAUAAAUAUCGACAUCCUGGGCAUCAGUGAACUAAAAUGGAAGGGAAUGGGCGAAUUCAGUUCGGGUGACUAUCAUAUCUACUACUGUGGGCAAGAAUCCUGUAGCAGAAAUGGAGUGGCCCUCAUAGUCAACAAAAGAGUGGCAAAAGCUGUAAUGGGAUGCAAUCUCAAAAAUGACAGAAUGAUCUCGAUACGAAUCCAAGGCAGACCUUUUAACAUCACAGUAAUCCAAGUUUAUGCACCAACUACCGGUGCUGAAGAAAGUGAAAUUGACCAAUUCUAUGAAGACCUACAACAACUUCUAGAAAUGACACCAAAGAAGGAUGUUCUUCUCAUUACAGGGGAUUGGAAUGCUAAAGUAGGGAAUCAAGAGAUAAAAGGAACAACUGGCAAGUUUGGCCUUGGAGUUCAAAAUGAAGCAGGGCAAAGGCUAAUAGAGUUCUGUCAAGAGAACAAGCUGGUCAUCACAAACACUCUCUUCCAACAACACAAGAGACGACUCUACACAUGGAUAUCACCAAAUGGGCAGCAUCGAAAUCAGAUUGAUUAUAUUCUCUGCAGCCAAAGAUGGAGAAGCUCUAUACAGUCAGCAAAAACAAGACCUGGAGCUGACUGUAACUCAGAUCAUCAGCUUCUUAUAGCAAAAUUCCAGCUUAAACUGAAGAAAGUAGGAAAAACCACUGGGCCAGUAAGAUACAAUCUGAAUCAAAUCCCUUAUGAAUACACAGUGGAAGUGAGGAACAGGUUUAAGUAUUUAGAUUUGGUGGACAGAGUGCCUGAAGAACUAUGGAUGGAGGCUCGUAACAUUAUACAGGAGGCAGCAACGAAAACCAUCCCAAGGAAAAGGAAAUGCAAGAAAGCAAAAUGGCUAUCCAACGAGGCCUUACAAAUAGCGGAGGAGAGGAGGCAAGCAAAAUGCAAGGGAGAUAGGGAAAGAUACAGGAAACUGAAUGCAGAUUUCCAAAAAAACAGCAAGGAGAGACAAGAGGGUCUUCUUAAAUGAGCAAUGC